AUGUCAUCAAGACCACAAAUUUCAGUCAUCUCAGUUAAAGGUGAACAAUCGAGCACCCAAUUACCAUUACCAGCUGUUUUUGCUGCUCCAGUUAGACCAGAUAUUGUUCAUUCAGUAUUUGUUAGAGUUAACAAAAAUAAAAGACAAGCUUAUGCUGUUGCUGAAAAUGCCGGUCAUCAAACCUCAGCUGAAUCAUGGGGUACUGGUAGAGCUGUUGCUCGUAUUCCAAGAGUUGGUGGUGGUGGUACCCAUAGAUCAGGUCAAGCUGCUUUUGGUAAUAUGUGUAGAGGUGGUCGUAUGUUUGCUCCAACUAAAACUUGGAGAAGAUGGCAUGUAAAAGUUAACCAUAACGAAAAACGUUAUGCUACUGCUUCAGCUAUUGCUGCUUCAGGUGUUACUUCAUUAGUUUUAGCUAGAGGUCACAGAGUUGAAAAUGUUAAAGAAUUACCAUUAGUUGUUGCUAAUGAAUUUGAAUCAGUUACUAAAACUAAAGAUGCUGUUGCUGUAUUAAAAGCUUUAGGUGCUCAUAAAGAUGUUGUUAAAGUUAUUAAAUCUAAAAAAAUGAGAGCUGGUAAAGGUAAAUUAAGAGGUAGAAGAUUUACUCAAAGAAGAGGUCCAUUAGUUGUUUAUGGUGAAGAUCAAGGUUUAGUUAAAGCUUUAAGAAAUAUCCCAGGUGUUGAAACUUCAUCAGUUAAACAUUUAGGUUUAUUACAAUUAGCUCCAGGUGCUCAUUUAGGUAGAUUUAUUAUUUGGACUCAAUCAGCUAUUGAAGCUUUAGAUUCAAUUUAUGGUUCAGAAUCAACUAAAUCAAUCAAAUCAAAUUACUCAUUACCAUCAAAUAUUAUUUCAAAUACCGAUGUUACUAGAUUAAUUAAUUCUGCUGAAGUUCAAGCUGUUGUUAGACCAGCUGGUGAAUCAACUCAAAAGAAAACUCAUGUUUUAAAGAAAAAUCCAUUAAAAAAUAAACAAGUUUUAUUAAGAUUAAACCCAUAUGCUAAAGCUUAUUCAAAUGAAAAAUUAGGUUCUGCUAAAGUUGAAAAAUCAAAAUCUAAACCAUCAAAAGGUCAAUUUGCUUCAGUCUUAAAAAACUAA